GUGUUGACCAUAUCAACUUCCCCUUGAAACUUGCAGCUUUGUGAAUGCAUCCCUCCCUCUUUGCGACAUUGUUAAUGGUUUCCCAGAAACGAAUCAGAGUCAGACCUCUUUACAUGUCACUCAAUCUUUGAUGUCCACGUCCCCGCGCGGUGUCCGAGUCCUGCCGGCUGCGAUGCUUUGCGCGCGCCUGCUUUAGAAAAAACAGAGAAGGAAAAACUUCAGAGAAAUGGCGGAGGGUGCUUCGACUCUCAAAGGCUUGCGAGCCCAAAUGGCUGCAGCUGCACAGGCACAAGCCGAGGAGCGGCGCAGCCUUGCAGGGAACAGUCCAGGACCUCCAACUACAACUACAGCACAAGCCAAACCUCAGGGGUGUAGGCCAGUCCUUGACGGUGCUGCAUUGAGAAUAGACGACCGACUGCGAGUGGCAAAAGAGAGGCGAGAGGAGGCAGACAAACAACACGCUUUGCGAGAGUCUCAGAUCAUGGAGCGGGAGCGCAAGGCCAAGAUACAAGUGGAGCGUCAGUUGGAGGAGCGCCAGAAAAAGGUUGAGGAACAGCGAAAAAAGGAGGAGCAGAAACGAUUGGCUGUGGAGGAGAAGAGGAAGCAGAAACAGGAAGAGGAAAAGGAGCACUACGAGGCAGUAAUGCGGCGGACAUUGGAGCGUAGUCAACGAGUGGAGCAGAGGCAGAAAAGAUGGUCCUGGGGAGGACUUUCCACAGACUCCGAUGGACGAACAGGAGACUCUGAUGCCAGCGCCUCAUCUCCCGUAACAAUAGUUGUCUCCCCUGCCUCGCCAGAAAAGCCACCAAGGAGUCGACAAGUGGACAAACGCUCCACAUCCACCACAAACCUGAAACAGCAGUCUGAUUCUGCAAUCAGCAGGCGCCUAUCCUCCUCCUCUGCCACCCUCAUCAAAUCUCCCGAUAAAAGUAUUAAGCAGAGGAGUUCAUCUUGUAACCGGUUGCCUAGCAAUGGCAAUGCUGCUCAGGCCAGUAAGGAAGACGGCAAAAAGCUUCAGGUGGAACAGACAGGCCGUUCCAUGAAGAAGAGAAGUUCCUCGCUCACACGAGUAAGUGUGGGCAGAGCGCAGACCCCUGCCAAGCCUGAUAAAGGGACAGCAGAUGAUCAAGCUCGCAAGCAACCGGCCGGCUCUGUGGACGGAGGGGUCCUUAGUCGUCUGCUCACCCCCACCCAGGCCUCACUAGCUAGGAGCAAGAGCGCCGCCGUGCUGUCAGCUGAAGGAACAGAUACUGCAGAGUGUCACCUGUGUCCUCGCUCAGCCUCUGCCAGUCCCCUGCACCCACCUCGUGGACCCCUGCGUAGCCGCAGCAUUGACCGGCAGAAGAGUGGCAUGACCACGUCUGUGUCUGCGGAUGGAGCCCUAGACCCUUCAAUGAAGGACAAGCAGUUAUCAUCACCUGGAAGGCAACGUCCUCCCUCCCCAUCUUCUACUCUGGUACGUCACCGAUCUCCCUCCCCAGCCCCCGUUCCAGCUCCAAAGAGGACCCCUUCUCCAUCAGCAUCCAAGCAAAAUUCCAAGGCACGCCCACCCUCACCUGGUGCAAUGAAACAACGACCCCCUUCCCCCCAGCCAGCAUCUAAACCUCCACCUAUCCAAAAACCAGCUCUCACUCCGACAGGACCCCCCACCCUGCGAAAGAGGGACUCUAAGCCCAAGGAUCUAUGUCCUGUCCCAGGUGUAGCACUGCAGUCCCCAGACUCCAGCAAGACCAAAGAGAAAGACGCUCCGUCUGGCACCAACUCAGCUGCUGAUGCAGCUAGGAUCCUUGCAGAGAACCGCAGACUAAUGCGAGAGCAGAAAGAGAAAGAGGAGCAGCUCAGGCUUCAGAGGGAGGAAGAGGAAAAGUUAAGAAAGGAAGAAGAGGAUCGUUUAGCAGAGGAGGCUCGACUGAAGCGCCUGGAGGAGGAGGAGAAGCUGGCAGAAGAAAGAAAAAUUAAAGAAGAGGAAGAUGCUCGCCUGGCAGAGGAGGACAGGGUGAGGCUGGCAGAAGAGGAGGCCGUGAAACAGGCGGAGCUCCAGAAGGAACGUGAGGAGGCUGAGGCCAAAGCCCUGGAGGAGGCCGAGAGAGUCCGUCAGGAGAGAGACCGCAUCAUGCAACAGAACCAGCAAGAGCGAAUGGAGAGGAAGAAGAGAAUUGAAGAGAUAAUGAAGAGAACAAGGAAAGGGGACCAAGGUGACUUAAAGAGUAACCCAGAUGAUGACGACAAAAGCACUCAGGAUGAUGAAGAUGAAGAUGAAGAUGAAGACGGAGAGGGAGACGUAGAGGGAGACGUAGACGGAGAUGGAGAGGAAGAUGGAGAUGGAGAUGGAGAUGGAGAUGAGGGAAAGGACCAGAUAGACUCUGAGACCAUGAGCCAGUCCGAUGACAUCACCAUGGAAGCAGAUAUAGGAGAGUGUGGUAUGUCCUCCGGAGAGCCGGAAAAACAACAAGAGGAGCCCCUGGGCAGUGUGAAUGGAAAACCAGAGACAGAUGACAAGGAGAACAACAAUGGCAUAAGCACAGAGGAGACUCAGGCUGGAAGUCCGACCCCUAAAGCCCGCCUCGUCGAAGGCUCAGAGUUCUUGAACGAGCAGGACUCUUCCAAGGUGGUCUCAGGUCUUAAUGGUAAAUCCAAUCAGUGGAGCAUUGAGGAGCUCAUCGACCUCAACGUCCACUCCAAGACUCACCCCCUCAUCGAGGCCGGGGGCUGUAACCAGGUCUUGAUCAACUGUGACGGGAGCUCAGACGGGCCCAGGGUAGCCUUUGAGGACAAGGGAACCCCGGUCAACACCUUACAUUCCUCUAAUCAACCCUUAGAAGCCAUGUCAGAGAUUUGAUGCUGCAGCUGUCGCAGACCAAGCCUCUUACUGUUGCACUCGUGAAGUUCCUGUCCAGCUGAGCUCCUUUAAAUAAAGAACAUCUACCAGUUCCAGACAGCUUCCCCCUUUUCCUCCUCCUCCUCUUCCAGAGAGAGGAGCAUGAGGUGAAGCAGAAACACCACCCUAAGUGCUACAUUUGCACCCUGAAUGAUGAGGAACAAAGUAUAUUAGAGUUAUAUAUAAAGGUUAUGCUUCAGGGAAAUUCCAUAUAUUCCUUCAAUGUGCUUGCUUCCAGUCCCCUCCCCCCGCCCUCAUGUGUUUAGUUGUUAUCAAAUUUUUUUUUCUAUGUCGUGUCUAAUUUGAUGAUGUUUUUUAAGAGUUUGUCUUGUGAGGGGUGCAUUGUUGUAAUUUAUUAAUUUUUGGCUUCUUUACCGUAAUUAUUGUUAUCAUAUGUUUAGUCUUUUUCUCUUGUAUGAAAAUAUUCCAUGACACGUGUACAUUAGACUGUGUGAAUUGAACUUGAUGUUAAUAUGUGAGUUAAAGGAAGGAGCGUUGAUACAUUCUGUUCUUCAAGUGGGUUGGAGCUCAUCUAAAUUUACUUGACUGGCUGCUUGUUGCAGCAUCCAGCAAUAUGGCCUUAAAAUUAUAUCCCAACUUCUAAUUUCUAAGUGUGCAUUAGCUUGUGCUGAGGCUGACACACGCACAGUUAAGCAGCUGUCUGUUAUGCAUAUGUUUAACAGGUGGAUUCUGUAUUUAUACAUCACCUCACUUUCAGUUUUUCUAUAUGGUCUCCCAGCUUUUCCUACCGUGUAUUCCCUUCUUCGGCCACUAGAGGGCUGCAGAAGCACAUCUCCAGCUGUUACAUUUAGAGCUGACAAACGUUGAGAUUCAUGACAACACUGUAGUGUAUUUACAUGUUCAGAUGUUUCAUCAGUUUGUUCCAUUUAGUUUGUGUUAAUUUUUACAAAUGUAUAUAGAAUUAUUGUUUACUAACAUGAUUGCAAUUUAAAUCCGGUUCUGACUUGCAUCAGAUGAAGUCUCAACCGAAGACAGUUUCAUCAACUGUUUGAAAACUGUAACAAGCUUACUUAACACAAAGGUGAAGUCUGAUUUAAAUGCAUUUAUAAAAACAUCUAACUUGAAUAUUUGGCUUUUCUGUCACAAUCUCCAGAGUUUACCUGACUGAACUUAAAAAAACAGGUUUCUAAUCAUCUGGUUUUAAGUGAGCUUCUCCAACACAUGCAAACACACCUGUUCAGUCACCCCACCUCCUUCAUUCAUGACUAUUAUCUCCCACAACAAACAAGCUGCUACAUCUGAAAAGAAAUGCAUUUCAACUAUUUUUUAUAAGAUACAAAUUUGGCUGUUUGUUUAUAUAAGAAAAUACAUUUCUACAUAUAUUUAAGUGUUAUUGUAUUGUGUAUAUAAUCAGUAUUAGGCAAGCAAAGCCAUGUGUAGAAUGGAGUGGCGUCAGGAUGUGGAUUAUUAAGGUCUAUGUGACCGUGCUUUAAGUUAGAUCUUUGUUCGACUCGUGCCCUGUGGCAGCCUGGAAAACUCAGAAUCCCCUAAAAAAAAAAAACCCUCUUCCAUCAGAGCUCUGUACAACAAUGGGUCAAGUGAGGACUUUUAUUUAUGUUUCUUUAUGUUCAUAUACGAGAACUUUCAGCCUCACUUCCCCACCGUGAUUCUGAACAUUGCCUCAGUGACAGAGCCCUCUGCAACAUGUCUGACACAUGAAAUGAGUCAUAGCUGUGCCUCUUCAUGAUGCGUCUAAUGUCAUCAGAAUAUGUUUUGUGUUGUGUCAGAUGAUACAGUAACAUUGUUGGAUAGUUAUGGUUGGCAUAAAAGCUCAGGUCACAACUUUUCUGCUUUGUAGAAUAAACCAGGGCACAUCAUAAAGAAGCUAAGUAAGUCCUGGGUCAGACUUGUGUUCCAUACACGUUCAGGAUUGUGUUUCUAUUUUCUGAUUCCUUCUGCUCGAACAGUCCGAGCAUGAGGUUUUGAGGACCUUGAAUUUUGCCUUUUUCUCCUUUAGCUUUCAAAUCGUCUUUCUAACAAACAUCCUUUUGUACAUAAAGAUCUUAAGCUUUGACGAGUAAGCUCUAAGAAUGUAACAGCAGACUACAGAAACCGUCCUUCAUCACUUACCAUGUCUCUAGGCGCUGCUUGCUUUUAGCUUUCUUACAUUGUUCAUCGAAAACAUGAGACUCAUUGCACUGUCAGAAGUUACUCACUAUAUUUAAAGAGUGGUUACCAAGAGUAGCUUUACUGUACAGACAUGUAGGAGAGUGGUGUGAUAUUCUGAGAGGAAAGACAUGUAUAAGAUGUCUCAUUCGUAACGUAACUCCCCUUUAAACCUGCCCUGCUCCUGUCCCCUCCUGCUGAAGGGGGGGUCGGUUGUAGUUGCUGCUUUAACCAAUACUGUAUGUAUUCCAGGUCCUGCUGCAUCGUUUAGGGCUUCAGUACAGAGCUCAAUGUUGUCUCUAACAAUAGUAUAGAACGGUGCCUUAGAUUGAGAUUUAGUAUGUUUACUGUCACAGUUAACUGAAAAAGCUUGUCCUUACCUCGGCCUCGACAAUCAGUCCAACCCAACCCUGGGCGACUUUGUGAAUAUGAAUAUUUUCUCUGGAACAUUUACUAAACCUAACCCUGUCAGCUAAUACGAUUUGUACUGUAAAUAUAUCUAAAGUGUACUGAGAUGAUACAAACUGUUCAAAAAAAUAAAGUCUUGUUAAAAUA